UUGUUAACAUCGUUAAUAUAUAGUAUUUCAAUUUGAACAAUGGGAUAGAUGAGACCAAAUAUAAUCAAACAAAUUAGAAGUAUUCAGCGAAAGGCAACUAUAUUUCAGCUGUUGGUUUAUUAUUUUAUAAGUUAUAGAUGUAAACUAUUAACUUUGUCGUUUUUAUACAAAAUCUAACAUACAAAUACGUUUUUACAAUUCUAAAUGGAGAAUUUUUGAUAUUUCACGUUUUUAAAGUACAUACGUUUUCCAUUUGACACAAUUAUCUGUCCAUAAACACUGUGUAUCAUCGCCACCGGAAAUUGUGGGUAUCAACGAAGCGGAGAGAAAGGGAGAAAGAAAUAAACAAGAUCGAUGAGAAAUUGUACGAGUUCUAUGCUUAGAUAAUGUGGCUUUGUAGCAGAAAAACAUUACCUUAUAUAUUCAAAAACUUGCUGCAUAUAUUUUGCAUACUUCUUGUAAUUUUGAUGUUGAGAAGAUGUUGGACCGGAGAAAAGUUCUACUUUAUCCAGUUUACAUUCCCAUUAAACAACUUAAAAGAUGUUGUUCAAGAAAUCGAGACAACUGGUUGGACUGCAGAAAAGCCAUUGAACAAUGUUACUAAACAUUAUGUCAUUAAGAAAGAUCCGUCCAUAAAGUUUUGUAGCAGUGAAGUAUGUGAUAGUUUUAGUAUGGUUUUUAUUGUAAAGUCAUUUGUGGGAAAUUUUGACCAGAGGAUCGCCAUUCGGAACACUUGGGGAGCAAAGAAAAAUCUACGUAUAAAAACGCUGUUCGUUUUAGGAUAUCUAGAAAGGUUACAACCGCUCGUUGAUUUUGAAAAUGAAGAAUAUGGCGAUAUUCUCCAGUUUGGUUUCGCUGACACAUACGAUAGUCUAGUAUAUAAAACGAUUAUUCCAAUCGAUUGGUUAGUGAAACGUAAUAUAAAUACAAAAUAUGUGCACUUUCUAGAUGAUGAUCGUUUAGUUAAUACCAGACGUUUACAUCAAUUUGCUGUUGAUAGUCUUGGUACUACAGAAAGUAAAAUCAUUGGCUACAAACUAAGAUUUAGACAACCGUUUCGAACAAAAUCUUCGAAAUGGUUUACGACCUUAGAAGAAUAUCCUUUCGAUUUUUGGCCGCCAUAUAUAAUUGGAGGAACAAUACUCACGAAUAUGAAAGUAGUCAAAAAUCUUGCUUAUGCCAUACCAUUUACAAAAAUAAUCAAAAUGGAAGAUGCUUUCAUAGGAAUACUUGCAAAGCUACUUAAGAUAAACGUUGUGCAUAACAGUGAAUUUAUGCCAUUUUAUACUUCCGGUUCUAAUUUGAAAGACAAAUUAUCGAGUCCAGACUAUAAAUCCUAUCACUCAAUAAUCGACGGUUGGAAACAACUACAAAACUAAAGUAAAGAAACAUGCGAUAUCUCAGUAAUUUAUAUACAUGGUCUUAUUCAUCUAUUGCUAAUACAGUGUAUUAUAAAUACCAAUCACGUUAAAGUUAAUAAUGGAAAUCGUCCAGUUAAUAUUGUAUAUUGUAUACUUUUGACUGGGACUAAUGAAUUAUCAAUUGGUCCCAGAUUUUGCUAGUUAUAUUAUAAUGCAAAAAAUAAACCUAAUUAUUUGCAUUACUAGAUUAAAAUAAUCACUUUUAAUGAAUUAAAUCGUAUCAACAAUUUGAAUAAU